UCCUGCUUCUCAGUCACAUUAACAUAUUCCACUACUGCCUAUUGAUUCGAGAUCUUCCUCCGUCCAAUUUCACCGCCGAUUCCUGCUCGACGGCGCCGCCCUAUGCCCCACCUAGUGACACUCCCACCCCCAACAAUGUCACGCCUUUGAAUUUGACCCCGGCGUCGGCUUUUCCGAGCGCAAACACUGUUUAAUUUUAGCGAUGGCUGCAUCUCAGGCAAGAAACGCUGGGCUGCCGAUAAUCAAUCUUCUCCGGGUAAAAGGAAUGCCGAUUUUGCAGCAGCUACACUUGGAAGAGAGGCUGCUUCGGACUUCCUCUCAAAACUGGUGCAUCAUCAACGACGGAACCACCCGCCCCACCAUCGUCAUGGGUGUUUCAGGGAAAGCUAAGGAACUUCUUGAAACUGAUGCUGUUCUAAGAGAUGAAAUUCCAGUCAUCCGAAGGUUUACAGGAGGCGGUACUGUUAUUGUUGAUCAGGGCACUAUUUUCGUAACGUUUAUAUGCAACAAGGAUGCUAUUUCAGGUUUACAAUCAUAUCCUCGACCGAUCAUGUCAUGGAGCAGCCUAAUAUAUAAGAACAUGUUUCAAGGAAUUGGGGAGUUUAGCCUUCGAGAGAACGAUUACGUGAUUGGCAACCACAAGUUUGGUGGAAAUGCUCAGUCUAUUACCAAAAAUAGGUGGGUUCACCAUACUUCUUUUUUAUGGGAUUAUGAAGUCAGUAACAUGGGUUAUCUCAAAAUGCCAACGCGAGUUCCUGAAUAUCGACAGGCUAGGAAUCACUCGGAGUUUAUAUGCCGCUUGAAGGAAUAUAUGUCAAGGUCAGAUUUCAUUGAUGGAACCAUGGAUGCAGUUGCUUCCUAUUUUGCAUUGAGAUCACCCGAUGCAGACGAUAUCCAGAAUUCGUCCUCUCAAUUUGAGCCGUCCAGUCGGAUAUUGACUAGGCAGGAACUUGGAGAAGAAUCCUCUAUGGAGCUCUUAGGUACUGUGUCUCAGAUCUCAUACAUGGCAGCCAUAUCUUCCACUUGUCCAACAAGCAAUAUUGCCUAGGUCUAUUACUCAAAUAUCAUCUAUCUUUUAUUAUGCUAAAUAGAUAGGUGUUUUGUAUUGGCAAACAAAUAUAUUAGACUCUAAGCGCAUGUUUGGUAGUGUAGAAAAUCAUUUAAAGUUAUUGUUGAUUAAAUUUAUAGAAAAUAAAAUACAAUGGAGCAAACAAGCCUACUUCUA